AUGGAUUCUGCGGUGGCACAACAUGUGGUCGGCCUCCGCAUCGAUCCGACCACGCCGACGCCGACCACGCCGACCACGCCGACGCCGACCACGCCGACCACGCCAGCCACGCCGUCUUCGUCGAUGUCGGCCAUGUCGCGAGCGUGUUCGGGCCUGCGGCGGUCACCGUCGCGAACGGCGCCGCGGACUACCCUCGGAUCGUUGCGGCGGGCGCAGACGGCGUCAGAGGCCGAGCUACGCCCGGUGGUCUGGGGCGAGACCCCCGGGUCUCCGCUAGCUUCGCGGCUAGCACCCUCGCCGCGCGCCUCGGCCUUGCCUGUUCGCAAGUCUGACGAUCGCUGCGACCACUCGCCAGCUCGCCCACCGCGGCUUUCGGCCUCGCCGAUGCCGGCCUGGGUCCGCAACGGCGUCUCGCCGCUCAAGCAAGCCGCCAUGGAGCUGCUGGGCGAGCAGGCUGAGAUGCUCGCCGCCGCCGACGAGCGGCUGCACACGCUCCGCGCCGCAUAUCAGGCCGAAAAGGACGACGUGCUCGACGUGGCCCAUCUUCUUGACACCCAUCCACCCCGCUCUGCCGCCGCCUUUGGCUCCGGCUCGCCAGCCUCGCUCUCAAUCGAAGCUCUGAGUUGCGACUCAAGGCUACAGGCCGCCCUGGUUGCGUCGCCCGUGGAGGGCAUGGACGCUGCCAGUGGCACGCCGCACGCCCACCGACUGCGUCGUGAGCUUCCAGCCUCACUUGCUUCGCCGCGAUCGCCGCUUGGACUCUCGUCACGCUGCUCAUCGUGGUGUCUCGGCGUAGCCCCGCGCCUCCCGCCCCCGCCGACUCGGUCGCCCGUCGCCGACCUGCUGGCCAAUGCCGCCGCCGAUCGCGAGCACACCGAAAACCGGCUCAUCUACCUCAAGCGUCGCGAGAUGCACGGCCGUUAG